GAGGAGUGGGAGUACAUUUAGCUUUCUGUCAGGUUAUGUUUCCUCUUUGGGUGUCAGAAUGUUAUUUACAUGCUGUUUUCUCAUUCCAGGAUCCUAUUCACAGCCAGGAAGUUUAUUCAUUUGCUUUUUUCCUGCAGUUACAUCAGCUCAUCUCUUUUCAGAUUCUUUUCACUCUCAGUAACAUGCAGAGGAUGAAGUGGUCAGUAUUCUGCUGGUUGGCGUUUUUUGUUUCUCUGGACAUGCUCUCUCAGAAUUGUUUUUCAGAAAAUGGCGCCUGUACAUCCUGUGCUGAAAAGUGUGGUGAAAGCAUGACUAACUGCUGUUUUCAGACUGUGUGGAACCCUGUGCAAAAUGGCACCAAUGAAGACCCCAUUGAAACCAUGAAAAUCCUAGAAAAGAUUCUCGAGGAAACAAAAGUGGAAGGGGCCAUAUCGAUGCAUUCCUCUGAUUUAGUUGUUCUCCUGUUCAAACCCAAUCGUACCUCUGACGACCUUGAAAUUUUCGCCAGUGACAGCGAGGCAGGAUUGACGCCUGUCGCCAACAGGAGAGUGCACGUUCGACUACCGAGAGAAGUUGGAGAAGGGGGGAAAAAGAUUAUCUUUUCCAUGUUUAAGUUUCCUGAAACAGUCAGUAGUAUGUUUGGAACCUUACAUGAAGUGUAUGAACAGCGACUGGUUGGCCUGAGUGUGCAGGGCAAGAAAAUAUCAGGACUACAAGAGCGCUUCAACAUCACCAUGAAUUUCACCACAACAAUAAAUGAAACCCAAGUGCCAUCCUGCCAGUUCUUUGAUUUUUCUGCAAACAAUUUUAGUCAGGAUGGCUGCCUUACCCUGUGGACACGUGGUCAGGGUAAGGUUACCUGUUCCUGUGACCACUUCACAUACUUUGCUGUGCUCAUGGUACCUGCUUCCAUCUCACCUAAAGACCAGAAGAUUUUAUCAUACAUUACUAUAACUGGCUGUAGUCUUUCACUUUGUGCCCUGGUCACUGCUGUUUUGCUCUUCAUCACAAAUAGAAAACUCAGAGAAGAUGUCUCUAUGAAGGUCCACAUCAACCUUGUAAUUUCUCUGAUUCUCCUCAAUCUGCACUUCCUACCCAGUCACAUGGUGGCAGUACAGUCCACCACAUGGCUUUGUUUUUACAUGGCUCUUGCCCUUCACUACUCCCUGUUGGCCACUUUCACCUGGAUGGCCUUGGAGGGGUUCCACCUCUACCUUCUCUUAGUCAAAAUCUUCAACAUUUCUGUCAGCAGAUACACCCUCAAACUCAGUGUGGUGGGAUGGGGUGUUCCUGCAGUCAUUGUGUCAGUGGUGGUGAUCAUAGACAGACGCUUUUAUGGGUUCAUCUCUAGCUCCCCUGAAACUUCAGUAUGCUAUGUAACCAAUCAAGUGGUGAAAAUGGUGACUACAGAGGGACUGUUCUCCUUGGUGUUUCUCUUUAACAUGUUAAUGUUUACAGUGACAAUCAAACGUGUUUUCUGUGUUGGGCAAAGAAAAGAGCUUAGGGAGAUUAACCAUACCAAAGUCAUCAAAAAUAUUUGUCGCCUGUUGGGAGUCGGCGCUCUGCUUGGCCUUACCUGGGGCCUGGCCUUCUUCUCCUUUGGGCAGCUGACCACUCCUGGUCUCUACCUCUUCUGCGUCCUGAACUCAUUGCAAGGUUUCUUCAUCUUCCUGUGGUUUGUGAUGUCAGUGAAAAAGUCCCAAAACUCCGCUACACAGACGAGCAGUGAAACAUGUAGUAAAAGCAACUAGAUUAAAUACAACUGGAAAAAUACCAAGAGGUGUGCUGGUGGAAUGUGCAACACAAUGUUGAAAUCUGACAGUAACCUUUCUGUUUUACUUUUGGAUUUUAUAUGCACAACAAUUUACUAUAACUGGCAGGAACUGAUUCUAAAUGAUGAAAAUAAAUAUAAUAGUAUGAACAUUUUGACAGUUCUGCUGCUUUAUUUGAAACUUUCUUGUUGAUAUAAAUCUUUGUGGUAAGAGUUUAUUCCCAAAUACAGUUUAAAUAGGAUGGCAACACAUUUGAACGAUUUUUUCAUUUUGGGGAAACGUCUGAGAGUAAAAGUUGCCCUACUGAAGAGAAUCCAGAAUGACUGGAAAAGAGAAUAGAUCCAAUGGGAUGCACUGGAUUGUCCAGAGGACAUGAGUUAAUUACAAAAAAAAUCCUCCUUAUUGUCACCUGUCCUCUUUUUUCGAUUGCACACAGAGCUGAUCUUGCUUUUAAAUGCAGUUCAUCCUCCGCUGGUAUAGUGCUUUGAGAGAUUUUGAUAUAGUUAUGUUGAUUACAACAUUGUGAAUUUAUGGCAUGUUUUAUUAUAAUCCAGCUUAGAAAUUUCUUUAGUUAUUUUAUGUUUUGUAUAUAUGAACCUUUUCUGUGCCAGUUUGUACAUCUGAACAUGCUCAGUGCCUUGCUAAUUCAUAAAAGCCACAGUGUCAGUAUGAAUAAUAAAAAAAUGAAAUUUU